CAGAAAGCUAUAAGCUACCAAUCUGUAUAAUUUCUUAUAUUUCUUCUUCUUCCUUAGCUAUGGAUCGUCUUCUUCUCCUCGCCGGAGUUCUGCUGAGCUUGUUCUCCAUGUCCUUCGCCUAUGAUUUCUACGUCGGCGGAAAACAGGGAUGGGUGGUUAAACCAGACGAAAGCUACAAUAUUUGGGCUGCAAAAAUGAGAUUUCAAGUAAACGAUAAGCUUGUUUUUUGGUAUAAGAAAGGAGGGGACUCUGUUCUUCAAGUGAAGAAGAAGGAUUACGAUUCCUGCAACAGUAGCAAUCCUAUUAAGAAGUUUGAUAAUGGUGAUACUGUUUUCAUGCUGGAUCGAUCCGGGCCAUUUUACUUUAUUAGUGGGGAGGGUGAUCACUGCACGCAGGGACAGAAGCUUGAUGUUGUUGUAAUGGCGAUUAGGGUUCCACCCACAGCUUCUCCGGCUCCGGCGGCGAAUUCGGUGUCUCCUACGACUCCGCCAGCUACGCCUUCGUCGGCGAUUGGAGCGUCUGUUUCGAGAAUUUGUUAUGGCGUUUUAGGUCUGUUGAUGGGGGUGAUGGUGUUUGGUUAGUCAUUUGGAGGGUUGGUGAUCAUUUUAGGGUUUUUCAUUCAUAUUUUUUUUCUUUUUGUUGUGGGAAUGUGUUGUCUCUUUUGUUUUUGAAAAUGGGGAAGAAUAGGAGCUUAUUUGGAAUGCUUGAUUGUGUUUUGGUAUGUUGUUUUGUAUUAUGUAACAGUUGUAAUUAAUGGGGGGUUUUAUGAUAG